UUUUAGGUGUGCACCUGCACCAAGCAGCAAAGCUAGUGCUAUCUGAGGGAGAAGGUGGUUUUCUCCUCUGAUAUUUCUCUGUGUCAAACAGCAGCAGUGGAUCUAUGCUGUUUUUUUGUUUUCCCAAUGUUCACAGCAGUUUGAACUCACUGGCUUGAAAAUGGCUAGCAGAUUGUCUUGUGCCAAAGUGUUAGGGUUCGUUCGAACCCUGAACACUAAGAUGCCUUUGGAGCCAGAGGGAGAGGAGUCCAAUUUCCGCCGAUGCCUGACCACCUUGGACCUGGUGGGUCUAGGUGUUGGGAGCACACUUGGAGGUGGUGUUUAUGUGCUGACAGGAGAGGUGGCCAGGAAUGUGGCUGGCCCUAGCAUCAUCAUCUCCUUCCUGGUGGCAGCGGUGGCUUCAGUCUUUGCAGGGUUGUGUUAUGCUGAGUUUGGAGCGCGUGUCCCCAAGACGGGCUCAGCUUAUCUUUAUUGCUAUGUGACUGUAGGGGAAGUAUGGGCAUUUGUGACUGGUUGGAACCUGCUGCUGUCCUAUGUUAUUGGAACAUCAAGUGUAGCAAAAGCCUGGACGGGGACCUUUGAUGACCUGCUAGACAACGUUAUUGCUAAAACUCUGGCAGAACAUGCACCCAUGGACUCACCUGGCUUGGCUCCAUACCCUGACUUCUUUGCUGCUGGGCUGAUUAUGUUGCUUGCAGUGAUACUUUCAUAUGGUGUGAAGGAGUCUGCAGUCCUGAGUACUGUUUUUACUGCAGUGAAUGUAGCUGUAUUGUUUUUUAUCAUCAUUGCUGGCUUUAUAAAAGGAGAUAUCAGCAACUGGCAUAUCAGUCAGGAGACUAUCCUGAAUGCAACUCGACAAAUGGAGAACAUGACUUCAGCACAAAAUGAAACUGUUGACUUCGGUGUUGGCGGCUUCUUCCCCUUUGGCUUUGAUGGAACUUUGGCAGGAGCAGCAACCUGUUUCUACGCUUUUGUGGGGUUUGACUGCAUUGCCACAACAGGUGAGGAGGUGAAGAACCCUCAGAAAGCCAUACCUCUUGGGAUUGUGGCAUCCCUGCUAAUCUGCUUGUUGGCCUACCUUGGUGUGUCAGCUGCUCUGACAUUUAUGAUGCCCUACUAUCUGCUGGACAGUCACAGUCCUCUACCUGUAGCACUUGAAUAUGUUGGCUGGGAGCCUGCAAAGUAUGCUGUGGCUGUGGGAUCUCUCUGUGCACUCUCAACAAGUCUCCUGGGUGUGAUGUAUCCAAUGCCACGAGUGCUGUUUGCUAUGGCGAGAGAUGGCUUGCUCUUCAGUCCUCUUUGCUACAUGAGCUCCAGGCAGAGUCCUGUCUUAGCCACGCUGUCUUCAGGAGCUGUGGCUGGUAAGGCGGCUGUACUACACAGGGUCACAGAUGAUGAAGCCUCUUUCAUGGUCCUCUUAUUUGACCUAAAAGCACUGGUUGACAUGAGCUCAAUUGGAACCAUCUUUGCCUACACUCUUGUUGCAGUGUGUAUUCUCAUAUUAAGGUACAAAGAAGAAACCAGUUUUGUCCAUAGAUCAGAUCCAUUUACAGUAAUGGGGCUGCUCCGGCCUCCGUCUCAACCCACUUACCGCACAUCUAAAAAUGUCAACAUAGUGACAAUCGUUGUUUUGGUCCUGGUGAUCAUUUUAAGCGUGCUACUGUCCGAGGCUGUGGAUUGCCUCCGCAAGCGGGAGUUUUGGAGCGUGCUGUUUGCCUCUGUCCUAAUGCUGGCACUGGUUCUUGCUGUUCUGCUUAUCUGGAGGCAGCCACAGAGCACAACUAGAGCUGCUUUCAUGGUUCCCUGUGUACCUGUAAUUCCAGUUUUAAGUGCCUUAAUCAAUACCUACUUGAUGGUUCAGCUGGGAGGAGAAACAUGGAUCAGCUAUGCUGUUUGGAUGGCAGUAGGGAGUAUGAGUGGCAAAAGCUAGGCAGCAAGCUGACACUGGAGUCCUAAACACAGGAGACGACUGAUUAGCAAAAGCAUGAGAGAAUAACUUGGGAACACAUGGCUGUGAGUGGAAGGAAGAGCUAGGAAGCUUGAACUGCAGGUAAAUCCACUGAAUGAGAAGGUGUGUCCAAACUUGUGACUGGUACUGUGUAUAAUCACAGAAGCAGUCAGAGUAAUAUGGCCACAUCUUAAUGUUUUUUUGUGAAAGAUAGAACAGAGGAAAGAGGGGCAGUGGACCCAACUCCAGGUGGUGCUAUUUUUCAGAGACUGAAUCUGUGUUUCUGUAACAAGGGUGGUAGCUGCAUCUGUGUUCUGAUAUUUCACCAAGCUAAUAUCUUUUUUUAAUCUGGUCUCCAUGUGAAGGCAGUUCAUUAUUGCACAGUUCUGGAAACUCACAUGUAAUGAGUCUUUCAUCCUGUUUUUACCUGGAGCAGUGGUCAAAAAACACAAUAAUAAAUA